AGAAAAGGACGCGUGCUUUGGCAAUCGCGAUUGUGAUCCCUUUAUAUGUCUCGUCCACCGUUUUUCUCUCCCUUGAGUUCAAUUCAAGUGCAGUGCAGGGACACCUCACCCACCCCUCCUUCCCUUCCGUUCCGUUCACCACCACCUUUCUCUCCUUUUUCCCGUUCCAUUACCUCUCAAACCUUUCUCCUCCACUCAACUACACAUCUCUCUCUCUCUCUCUUGGGAGUAUCUGCAAUUCGUAAUCCUAUCCACUUGUUGAAUCUGAAUAUUUCCAAUUCAACAUUUUCCAAAUGGCAUCCUCGUCCUCUAUGAUCUCAAACCCGGUUCCGAACACGGACCGGUCACGUGACGCGAAACGGAGGAAGAAGAAAGCGCAGCUGAGGCAGCAGCAACAACGGCAAGAGGAUCAGAGCAAUCCCAAGUGGAAAUCCCAAGCGCAGCAACAAAUCUACUCCUCCAAGCUGCGCCAAGCCUUAGCCAGAGUGAAUCUCGGGUUGGCGCCGCCGCCGCGCCGAGGCAAAGCCGUGCGCGACGCCGCCGACAGAGUCCUAGCCGUGACAGCCAAGGGGAUGACGCGCUGGAGCCGAGCCAUCCUCACCAACCGGCUCAAGCUCAAGUUCACCAAACACAAGCGGCAGAGACUUACAACGCCCCCAACCCGGUCAAAGAAACCCCGGGUCAGCGUUUACCGGCUGAAGGGGAAGGGUUCACCGGGCGUGCAGAGAAAAGUGAGGUUCCUCGCACGCUUGGUUCCCGGUUGCCGUAAAGAACCGUUACCGGUUAUUUUGGAAGAAGCCAUUGAUUACAUACCCGCGCUUGAGAUGCAGGUUCGAGCCAUGAGCGCUCUCUUUAACCUUCUAUCUGGUUCUUCUUCUUCUUCCGGCGCCGCCGCCUCCCCUUCCGCGCCACCUAGCUCGUCAUAGAAGACACUUUUGGCUCUAGGCCUUUAUGUAUGUAUGCCAUGCCAUGUCAUGUGUCUGUCAAUUUUUUUAAUUUUUAUCAUCAUCAUCAUCAUUAUUUGGCUCGUUUUCUUUCACCCUUGCCCCCAAAGAAGCUUUCUUUCUGUUUAUUGUUUUCUAAUUGCAUAGUAUAUAUCUAUUUUUCUCUUUCCAGUAA